AUGCUUCAUGGCUCUCCCCAUUCGAGAGUCCUGUUGAACCUAUCCAGACGAACUGUCAGCAACCUUGUGCCACGACGGCGGAGCCUCCUUACCCUUGCCAUUGAGUCCUCUUGCGACGACACCUGCGUCGCCAUCCUUUCCAAAUGUACGACGGCGAAUGAGCCGCAUCAUGUGAAGGCACGGCUGCUAUUCAAUGGCAAGAUCACGGCCAAGAACACCGGCAAAGGCGGCAUUCUCCCCACCGAGGCUCUAGAGAGUCACCAAGCGAACCUCUCGAGACUACUAGAGAACGCGCUCCCGUCUCUACCAGCCGCCACUGAUGCGCCCCCCGAUACAAAGAGAAUAUGGCUCCGAGACGGCGCGCUGAAGCAUAAACCAGACUUCAUAUCGGUGACGAGGGGACCCGGCAUGUCAGCCAAUCUGGGUGUCGGGUUAGCUACCGCCAAAGGCCUCGCAACCGCAUGGCAGAUACCCAUGGUUGGCGUCCACCAUAUGCAAGCUCACGCUCUGACACCAAGGCUUGUCAAUGCACUGGCGGAUGAUGGCCGUCCCGAACCUGGAGCUCUUAAACCAUCGUUUCCGUUCUUGACGUUGUUGGUUAGUGGCGGACAUACCAUGUUACUCUAUUCAAAAGGUCUGGUCGACCACAAGAUCUUAGCUACAACUACCGACACAGCCAUCGGGGAUGAGCUGGACAAGUGCGGACGCCUCAUCCUCCCUCAAGAACUGCAGCAGAGCACCCCGGACACAGCGUUCGGGAAGUACCUCUCCAGGUACGCCUUCAAGGACCCGAAAGACUUCAAGUCCUGGCAUGUGCCUCGAACACGCGUCGAAGAGGUCAGCAAGCCUAUGAAUGAGUUUGGGUGGAGAUUGACUACCCCGAUGUCUCAAAACAGAGAUCUGGCCUUCAGCUUCUCGGGCAUUGCGAGCCAGGUCAAGAGGCUUAUACUCGCGCGUGGAGCCGAAACCGGUCCAAUGGAGGAACAGGAGCGUAUUGUAUUGGCGCAGUCAGCCCUGGGUACAGCGUUCGAACAUCUGGGUUCGCGAACCAUAAUUGCAUUGGAAAGCCUCCGAGCAGAAGGCGUCGAAAUCCCUACGCUGGUGGUGAGUGGGGGCGUUGCGGCGAAUGACUUUUUGCGCUAUUACCUGCGGGGACUUUUGGACGUGCGUUCUUUUGAGCGAAUGAACCUGGUCUUUCCGCCCGUUGAGCUUUGCACGGACAAUGCUGCGAUGAUUGGUUGGGCGGGCAUGGAGAUGUUCGAGGCUGGAUAUACAACAGACCUUGGCUGCGCACCGGUCAAGAAAUGGACCAUGGACAGCCAAGGGCGAGAUGGAGGAAUUUUGGGGAUUGGUGGCUGGCUCAUGAACUAA